CGAUAUGCAACAUUUGUUUGUUAAACGGUUUUAGUCAGGUUCCAUUAUACCAGAUUUAUUGGCACCCUCCACAUGAUAACUAUAUAUUUCAUAAUUUCAUGUAGAAGGUAUUCUUGUUGAUAUGGUAAAGGGUGUAUUCCUAAAGGAUAUAUUUUCACCCCAUGACAGGGAGAAAACUGCUGCUAUCUCCGCCCGUUCAAUUUUCCCUGGUGUUAAAACCGAGUGGAUCCCAGGAAGCUGACUUGUGUUUAUUUUGUGUAGCCUACAUACUUUUGACAGGAAUGGCAGACGAGUCUCUGUUUGACUUUCUCCAUAUGGAGAUCGUGUCUCAAAUUUACAAGGAGCAGCAAUCCGGUAAAGAAGAGAUGGACAACAAGGACAGAGCUGUCUGUGUGUCUGUCCUUGAAAGCAUGGGCUUCAGGGUAGGACAAGGACUCAUCGAGAGGUUGACCAGGGACUCUCCCAGCUUCAAAGAUGAGUUGGAUGUGAUGAAGUUUGUCUGUAAAGACUUCUGGACGAAGGUGUUCAGGAGGCAGGUUGACAACCUCCGGACAAACCAUCAGGGUACGUAUGUCCUGCAGGACAACACAUUUUCUUUGCUGACUCAGCUCUCUAAUGGAAAACAGUACCUGGAUCAGGCUCCUAAGUACCUUGCUUUUUCGUGUGGCAUUGUGAGAGGAGCUCUGUCUAGCCUCGGUCUGGACAGCGUGGUGACAGCAGAGGUCUCUGUAAUGCCAUCCUGUAAAUUCCAAGUGGUGGUCCAGAAGUUGUGAUGUAAUCUUCUGUCUUAGUACCCAGGAGCAGAUGAACAGAGCCAUGUGGGGUUGUGUAAAUCCUACAAAGAGGAUAGUAGUUCCUGUCCAAUCUCAGAGGGAGUGAAACACCAACCUAAUUUGCUCAUGUGGGUCAAACAGGACUUGCCUGAAUACAUGAGACCGAGCAAAAAGGCUUAGCCAAAGCUAACCUUUACUUGUCGUACUCUGACACAGAACAAGAUUUGUUUUAUUCCCUUUGCGUUUUGAUUUCCCAUUUGAUUGAAUCAUUGCAUAGUGUUCUCAACUUUGGUUUUCAGCCUGCCUGACUUUGAAAAUAUUACCUGUCAGUGCUAUCAAUACAAUAAUAUGUAUGUAGUAGAUCACGCAGUAAGGUCAUAUUCUAUGUAUUGCAUUGUAAUGUUGAAUGCCCAAAUUGAGAGGACUAAGAAAUAGCUGCCAUGGAAUAAUUGAAACUGCCAUACAUAAUAUUCUAGCAUACAUCCAAUAGCUGGUGACCCGUUGAAAAUCAUUAUCCCUGGCACAUUAGAAUUGUUGUCAAACACGUGUUUCUUUGCAGACACACAGAAUCUGUACCUGUAGCUCCUGGUGCUUUGUUCUGCCUCGUAGGAGAUUUCCUUUAGGACCUGGCUGGUAUUUUCAAUUUUAUGGCAACAUGCAAAUCUGCAAUGAGUCAUUCAUUAUAGACUUUUAGUUUAACUAUGUUCUAUUAUUAUUGUCACGUUAUUUCAGAUUAUUCAUUUUGUACUAAAAUGUAAAUGUUUUUUUUACUGCAUUGACUUGUAUUGUGAUUGUCCUAGCCCAGAGUAAACUGCAACUUGGAUUUAUGGGUUAAAUUUGUCAAUGUUACUUUGCUUUGUAUAAAACUAUCCUCAGAGAUUAAUACUAACAUUGCUGCUGUUUUAAUUAUACCAUUUUCUAACUCAAAAUAUUCUCUUAAUCAAAGACACAAAUCCCCCCAAAACAAAUUCUGUUGCACACUAACAUUCAUCACACUGGUGGAUGUUGUUGCUUAUUUGUGCCACUAGGGGGACACAUCAAGCUCAUUUUUAUGCACGCUGUUUUACCCAUAAGGCAAUGGCAACAUGUUCCCUUAGCUCUGUAGUUGACACGGUUGGUUGCAAAGUGCCAGGAAAUCCCAUCCUUGUGUAUUUCUUUGCACAAUGUUUGGUACAACUUAAUACCCUCCCUACAUUGAAGUUAUUCAAUAUAGUUUUCCAGAGUCUUCUCAAUGUCUUCCAUUAAUUAUUAUAGGUAAUUCACAAUAGCACAAGAUGUGUACAUACCCUUUUCAUAUUCAAAUGUGCAUGUCUAGUAUUUGUAAUUCUUAAAAAUAACUAGACUACUUUUGAACAUGAAUGUCAAAAAAUGUGCAAGAAAGGAAAAUUUGCGAAUGCUAAUCACAGCGCUGUAAAGAGCAAAAUAAUUAUUUUAAACUUCCCAUCGGCCCUGCUUGAGUUGUUAAUAUUUCUUUGGCCGCUGAUCCAUAUCACGAGCUUGCUGUUCAGAGGCUCUACUGUAAGUGAUUGAAAGAUAUUUGGUGUAAACAUUGUGUAAACAGCGGUGUGAUCGCUUACACAACAAAGGGUCUUGGAUGCUGCUCGUACCGCUGAGACAUCGUAUCGUCUAUAUUAGACACAACACAGAGGGAGUGCUUCAAUAUACAAUAUAGCCUCAGUACUUACGUGACUAUAUGAUAUGAUGGCACUAAUAAUGAGUUGAAUAAACGUAAAUGACGUGUCAUUCUCAUGCACA